AAGUAAAGUUUAGAUAACAAAGGUACAUUCACAAAGGAACAUUAUAACAAAAAAGUUGAACAAUAACGUCAAUAAUCAAGUGUGAAAACCUAAUCAGUAUUUACUCAACACUUUUCAACAAAAUAUGUUUCCAAGUAAAUAUUUUGAAUUGAUAUUCAUUAUUUUAUAUUUUUUCAUCAAAUCUAGUUCAGGUGGAAAUCAUCAACCGAAUGGAUUGGAGCAAUUCUUUGGAGAUCAAACCAAUUUUUUAAUAAAAGCUAAAUUAAGUUUUGAGGAAUAUUAUCCAAAUAAUUAUGAUUGGAUUUCAAGGAAUUGGCUGAUAGAAGAGUCGGUAUUUGGCGAUGAAAAAAACAGUAUUGUUACAUUAAUCUCCGAAGAAAAGGGAGGAAUUCAAAUAAAAGUGUUUCGUGAUUUUAAAACUCAAACCGUUUCAUUGACCUGUAUUCAAAAUAAUUGUGAUCUUUACGGCGAAGGAAAAGUCUGGCAUUUAACUUGGAACCUCUACUAUCUAACAGUAACCAGUUUUUUGCAACAAGUAUUGUUGCUGGGACCUUAUCGUCUGAUUUCAUAUUUUGCAAAUGAAACGACAAAUGAAGUUGAAAAGUUGAACAUUAAACAAUGGAAAGAUGGAAAUUCACGCCUAUUGUUCUUAAAAUUUCAUUUUUCAGAUCCGAGUUCAAGAAUAUUGAUGAGAAGGAAAAAUUCUGGACGAAUCGAUAUAAAUGGCGCAAGAUACACAAUGUACGAUUCAGGGUACGAUCUAACGGAUUACAUGCCUGGAGGUCCAAUGGCUGUUUUAUCUAUAAUGCAAAUCGAGCCUCUUGAAAGUUCAAUGGUGUCGUUGCCAUCCAAAUAUAUUCAUUACAAAUUCAAUGAAUCAAUCAUUAAAUAUGGACAGUAUGGAAUAACCAUGUACCAAAACACAACAAAUCAGCAUAUCGUCACAUUAUUGGAUUCAGCUUCUUCGCUUAAGGUUAUUGGUGAACAAUCUUAUCGCGAAGUGGUCCAUGACUAUGAAUUUGGUUUGAAAUACAAUUCUUCUGGUUUCAAUGAAUGUACCGUGGAGUUAAGCAACGAUGAAAUUAAUUACAUGACUUCAGAAAAAUAUGGAAUCGAAUUUGUAAAGGAACUUUAUUUUCCUGAGAGUGCCGUUGAAUCGUCUAGCAACAAAUUGUGGGUGAAAAGGGAAUAUAAUAAACUGAUUGAUAAUGUUGAGUUUGAUUUGGUUUUAACAACUUAUUCGAGGCCUGUUCUAGAGUUGUACGAGUCUUCCAGGAUUCGCAUGAACAUUUCUGAUAUACUCAAAGAUUUUUGCGUUCUGUUGCAUCUUUAUACAACAUAUGGAUCUAGUGAGUUUUAUCUCAUUGAGGUGCGAAAGAAAUGCUUCACCGAAGUAAUGGAAUUAUCUGCGGAAGCUGAAUGGCCUCAAAUGAUAACAAAUAUGGAUAAUGCAUGUUUCGGAGACAAAAAUGAUAAAGUUAUUCUCGAUCUAAAGAUUUCAUUUUUAGAACGUUCCUCUGUGCGAACAAUUCAAUACUUUUCAAGCCACAUCCAUAAUAUUAAACAUGAAUUGCGAAGAGUUAUAAUGGAUAAGCUGAGCAUAUCAUAUUUAAGAAUAAACCUGAUCAAGUUUGACUUUUUUGAUGCAUAUACUAUUAUGGCAAAGGUUGAGAUAGUUGAGUCAUUUGUCACCUACUCGAAAACAAAAAUACAAGGAACUUCGCAUAGAUUCAGAAUUAAAUCAACUGAACCUGGUCUGCAUUCAUCAACAAUGGAUGAAUGUUUACUUUCUAAAGGCUCUAAAGCCAAAAACAAGUUCAUUCUAACCUGUAAAACUGGAGACUAUUUAUGCCUGGGAAUCGAUCAUGAACACUCUUCGCCAGAUAGAGACAAAAAUGGAUUGAACUGUAUGCUGCUCAACAAUUCAGAUCACAGUUUUACUAAAUUAUUUCCAGACGUUUCUUUGAAAGAAAUACGAGAAUCUUAUCUUACUUUGAAUGGAAGUCAAUUCUACCAUUUCGAUGGCUCUACAUUCGUUGUUGUUAAUGUAACAAAUUUAAGCCCAGAAAAGUCUGCAUCAAACAUAUCUCCAAAAUACUUUUACUUGUUUACAAUUUUCCUGUUUCCCAUCAUUAUGAUAUUUUGUCUUAUUAUGAUAAUACUCUGCCAAUUGUGUCAACCUAAAGCUUAUGCACUUGUUGAUUCAGUGUCGCUUAGAGCAUUUAAUUCAAGAGAGUAAUUUUCCAAAAUACUAAAACUAUGAAAAAAUUAAGUAAUAAAACAAAAUCAAAUAAAAAAACAAUUUGCAUUCAUCCCGAUAAAUCAACAGUAACCUGAGUGGAUAAAUUACGGGGCGUAUUAUAAUGUAUUAUCAAUGUAUUAAUAUUUGUAUCGGUAAAAGUCCCGUAGUUUGUUCACACAGUUUACAUUCAAAAGUAAACAAACUGAAUGCUGCAGUUAAAAGUAAGUUAAGUAAAGAAUGGUUUUUUUACUACAAAUGAGUUUCUAUAUUGCUGUUCUCAUUGCUGUCUUCAUUCUGUGUUGCUUCAAAUCAUCUAAAGCCAUCAAUCCUGAUGCAGCAUGCACCUCUAGUCAAAUCUAGUGAUUUCAUCGAAGCAAUGAAAAGUGCUCGUUUCUUAGCAUCAAACAUUGAACGAGCAGUAUCAACCGCUUUAAAGCCAGGCGAAGAAGUUAAAGUAUUUCCAUAUUCUCUUGUCUACGUUUAUUACGAGCAAUACCUUACUAUCUAUGGUGACUCCAUCCGAAGUCUUGCCUUAUCAAUAACAGCUAUUUUCUUGGUAUCCUU